CUCUCUUUUCUCCUUAACUCAUUACUCCUGAUAUCAUCCGUGAAUCCGUGACGACCUUGUCUUUUUUUUGCUCCCUACCUUAUGUCGUGACCCAACAGACGGUGAUUGUUAUCUCGUCUAUACCCGCCGUGAACAACUCAAUUGGAUACUCCUUGUCACCUGCAGCUACCAAGCAGAAAAGAAAGACAUCCCCCGCUUCGAAUCGUCAAGCCACUUCAUCUAUCCAACACUCGACCCCACCGCCUCUUGUCUCUCAUCAUCGAAACUGUUUGUUUACUUUUGGAUGUGGUCACCUCGACAUUGAUAUUGGACCCCAAAUUAGCCAGAAACCACUAGCGUUUUAGUGAUCACCGCGCUGUAACAUUGGCAUUACAGGGCGUUGCCCACUGAAGUCCCUUUAACCUUUCCCGUUACCGCUUCUACACACAGCCAAUGAGAGCUCACCGCUCCGUCCCGUUACCACUCAUCUCAGCCUGAGCCAGCAAGUAGAGGCACUUCCGACAACCCAACUCGUGGACAGAAUGCGCACUCUAAACACCAUCAACUCGUCAUCUUCUCGUCCUACAUCUCCAAGCCUUUCAGUCUCUCAGCCUCAUAUUCGCCGCUCCGCUUCCUCCGCCGGAAACAAUAAAUUAGUUACCUCUUCUAAACCUCUCCCAAAGACUCGAUCCAAGACCCCUACUCCAGGUCAGGCACAAGUCCAGACUAAGGCUCAGGCUCGUCCCCGAUUCUCCUCCGCUGGCACCACUAUAUCCUCCAGCGCUCGCACGACGCCAUCCCUUGGCUUCCACAACACAAAUCAACAACAUGUUCUUUCAGUAACCGCUACAAUUCCCUCGACCCGUUCUACCUCGUCGAGUUCCGCUCCUCCUACCUUAAAAAUGGCCCCAAGCGACACAAGACACAGGCCCCCGCAGCUCAGUGCUGCAGCAGCAAAAACAGUCGGACGAACGCCCCUGACGCCCAAGAUUGCCUCGACAGCAAAAGGCCCUUUAUUAGGCGCACCUCCUUUAGUUCGACGAUCAACUCAAGGAUUGAGCUCAGGCACGUCUGGCCGCGACGAUGCUGUGACUCCCCGUUCUGGCAGUCGACAAGGCCGCAACAAUAGCAAUAGUUCGACGCCCAAUGGGACACCAAAUUUAGAGCGAGAUGGAUGGGAUCCUCGGGCCUCUUUAGGCUCCUCAGGAAGGCAAUCACUGUCACGAGCUGAGUCUCCAGCAGACCCGGACGCCAAAUUCUUUCGUGCCAGCGACGCUCCGACUUCAACACAAGCAACCAGUCGUCCCUCGCUAGGCUCACAAAAGCCUGCAUCCUACUUCCAUGCCAGUAAAGCCAAUGCUGAAUAUAAAAAGCCAACCAGCCCUCCCGUUUCUGCACCAUUUACACCGACACUCAGCACCGCACCCGAGCCUUCAUCCUCAAAGUUCUUUUAUGCCAAUGGCGCGGAUCUCGAGCUUAAGCCCUCUUCAGCGAAUUCAUCCACAACAAGGCUCCAGUCUAAACGUCCAAGCACCAGCAGUUCAACAAACGAACAAUCAAAUCACGCACUACCGCCAAGGCCACAUUCUCCUAUCAAGAUUGCUCAACCUACACCUUCUAUACUUAAAAAUACUGGCGCGCCUGGUCUUGGGAACAGACCCCAAAUAGCGUCACCGCCUCAGAUAGCUUCUCCACCUCCACUAGCCCCCCCAGCGUCUAUCACCUCUUCCAAGAGACGAGUUAGCAUCGAUGCAGCGCCGAAAAAGCAGAGAGGCCAUGCAAGAGCUGGUAGUGUUCCCAAUUUUGAUCACUCUCACUCACCUAGGUUGCCCAUGUCACCGGCUCGACGACCUUUUGAAUAUGGCUCACCCCCUGCAAGCCCUGGCUCAGCUCAGCCAGCUUUGACAAUGGCUUCGAUUCUUCAAGUUGCCGAAGAUCUCGACGAUGAGGAGGAAGAGGAAGAAAGAGAAGCGAAGAAAGAAGACGGAUCUCAGCCCGACUUGCAGAGUCCUACCAAGUCCAGCCAUGAGCCUGUGAACGAACUAGUCGCCAAUGCCCGAAGAGAACGAAAGGUGCAGGAUCUGGAAAUCACCAACGCCUCCCUUGAAGCUAUUAAUCGGACACUGGAAAGGCAACUACGGAAACAGCAGGCUGAGAUACGCAGGUAUCGACGACUUUCAAGAUCAGGCCGUCUCUCUGCUGUUGCUUCAGCAGCUUCUAGCCGAGUGACCUCUGCAGCACUCACAGAUGCACCAAUUAGUCUUUCAGAUCUGAGCGAAGAGGACAACUCGGCAGCUUCCUCAGACGAGGAACACGACUCACUUGACGAAUCAGAUUUGUCAAUGACUGACUCAGUCUCGGCUUCCGACCCUCUUGAUCCUACUGACGAGAAAGCGAUCGAAAAGGCCAUGUCCCGACGGAAGCGAGAUGAAGAUCGUCUGCAGCUCGAUUUGACCAAGCACCGGGAGUUGCUGGUCGAUAGUCAGAAGAUUAACCAAAGUAUCAAACGAUGCCUGAACUGGACAGAGGUUCUUAUCAAGGAGGGCCAAAAGGCACUGGAGUACAAGGUCCGUGUCACCGACGUUGAAUUUGGCGGCCAUAUACUUGCUCCUGCGAUCGGGGACGAAGACGAAGACGAAGAUGAUGCGUUGACUAGCGUUGACGAUCUCGAAACUGAUCCUGGAAGUGCAGCACUUGAGGCUCCCCUGCCUUGGGAGAAGGGCUCUCAGGAUCGUGAUAGUGGCAUCGAAUUGCAACCAGACAGCAACUAGUCUCGCUCAUCGCAAAAUGACGCAUUUUCUCAAUACUCGACACAUCUCAAAGGCGACCAGGACGUCGUACCACAUACAACUCACCAUACCAAAUUUUGUUCUCCUUCUUUUCGUCUCUACACACCAGGCAAGCCUCAGGGCAUCACAACAAAAUAUCAUCAUCAGAUCUACGAAGUCAAUGGAAAUAACAUGCAUGCAUACAAGGCGUUGGGCAAGCAAGCGAUCAUCUUCAUGUCCCUUUUGUUUCUUUUAACAGCGUUUUGCUUCCCAGCGGCUACGAUGCACCAUCGAUUCCACCUCUCAAACGAUCUUCUCUCUCCCAAAAGGAGCACCACCACAAAUAUUCAUCCUGGACAAUCGUUACAUAUACAUACGCCCUUCGGAGAUUUGGGCCUUUUUGGUUUUCAUUUGUCGCCAAGAUUUGUGCUUUUUUUUUUUUCGUUUGCUUUUGGAUACAUACUAUGUAUAACAGAUACCCCGGAGGAAGUUUCCACGCCAACCUGGCGAGUCAAUAAGAUGGAAUCAUUGGAGGAAAUUGCAGAAAAGAGAACCUAACCCGGGAAUUGCUUCUCAAGCUUCCCGCAAUACGGUUACCUCAAGUUCCAAGAUCGGAUGCGAUAGGGAAAAUCAGAUAGUUGCCAGAAAUAGGAAAUGGAUAUAGGAUAUCAGGAGAUGAAACUCCAAUCUUGAUCAUCUCGCCUCUGUUCUUUGAUCUAUGUGCAU